GGCCAUGGUGCUGAGCGGGGUGGGGGAUGCGCUUGGGUACCGGGGGGGCCGCUGGGAGUACUGCACCUCGGGACCCCAGAUCCAUGCUGAGCUAGCCGAGCUGGGGGGGCUGGAGGCCAUCACCCUUGAGCCCCCCGAGUGGCCCGUCAGCGAUGACACCGUCCUCCACCUGGCGACCGCCGAGGGCCUGGCCACAGGUUGGAGGGGGUACCCGCACGCCUGGGAGCUGCCGACGCUGAUCCGGGUGAGCAUCGAGAGCGGGCGCAUGACGCACCACCACCCCACCGGGUACCUUGGGGCACUGGCGGUGGCCCUCUUUGGGGCGCUGGGGGCUCGGGGGGAGCCCCCAGAGCGCUGGGGGGCUGAGCUGCUGCGGGACCUGCCCCUCGCAUGGGACUACGUGGAGGGCGCCGGGGUGGCCGUGGGGGACAACGCUGCCGCCUGGCCCUUCUUCAGGGAUGCCUGGCACCGGUACCUGGAAUCCCGGGGGCUUCUGGAGGGUCGUGGCCCACCGCAGGUGCCAUCCCUUCCGUCACCGGCCGAGCGGGAUGCAGUGUACCUGGGCUGGGCGCUGGAGGGGUGGCCAGGGCGCAGCGGCCAUGACGCACCCAUGGUGGCCCUGGAGGCCCUGCUGGCAGCCGGUGGAUGCUGGGGGGACCUGUGUGCCAGGGGGGUGCUGCACGGUGGGGACAGCGAUUCGACG